AUGGGAAGUGCACUACUCACCGGGGAUGAAAGGAGAAGUAUUCGUUGUCAUCUUAAAAUUCCUCACUUAAUUGUCUGCAGAGCUCUAAAUUCUAACAGGUUCAAUGGAAAAAUACCAUCUUCUAUUGGUAAAUUGGCUAAGCUUUUUUGGUUGGAUCUAGCUGACAACAAGCUCACUGGACCUAUACCAAUCUCCAAUGGGACUACACCUGGUCUUGACAUGCUAGUCAAUACCCCACACUUUCAUUUAGGAAAGAAUCAGCUCUCUGGUACCAUCCCACCUCAACUUUUCAGUUCAAACAUGAAACUUAUACAUGCGCUUUUUGACAGUAACUUACUCACUGGAAGCCUUCCUUCCACUCUUGGACUUGUUACAACCUUGGAGAUUAUACGGUUUGAUAGGAAUUUGCUAAGUGGAACAGUCCCUUCAAACCUUAACAACCUCACAAGUGUUGUUGAGCUAAUCUUCUACGAAAUCAAACAAUUCGGUGAGACUUGGAAUUAUUAUUGGAGCAGCUAUUCAAACAAUUCGGUGAGACUUGGAAUUAUUAUUGGAGCAGCUAUCGGAGGAUUUCUAGUUGCACUCGUGCUGAUCUGUGCAGGAUUUUAUGGUUGUCGUCAGAAGAGAAGGGCAGACAGAGUUAUUAAACAGAACAUUCCUUUCGCAUCCUGGGACCCGAGUAAAAGUAGUGGUAGUAUUCCUCAGUUAAAAGGAGCUAGAUGGUUCUCUUUUGAGGAACUGAAGAAAUGCGCAUGUGAUUUCUCAGAGGCUAGUGAGAUUGGAGAGGGGGGAUAUGGGAAGGUUUAUAAAGGGACAAUUUCAUCUGGGCAUCUGGUUGCCAUUAAAAGAGCUCAACAUGGAUCCUUGCAGGGCGGUCUUGAGUUUAAAACUGAGAUUGAGAUGCUUUCCAGGGUUCAUCAUAAGAACCUUGUGAACCUUGUGGGCUUCUGUUUUGAGCAAGGGGAACAAAUUUUGGUGUAUGAAUAUAUCCCAAAUGGUAAUCUAAGGGAAAGUCUUUCAGGGAAGUCAGGUAUACAAUUGGAUUGGAUGAAGAGACUUCAGGUGGCCGUAGGAUCAGCCAGGGGUCUGACUUAUCUGCAUGAACUUGCUGAUCCUCCUGUAAUACAUAGGGACAUUAAAUCAAACAACAUCCUCCUUGAUGAGAGGUUAAAUGCAAAAGUUUCUGAUUUUGGUCUCUCCAAGCUAAUGAAUGAUUCCGAAAAGGAUCAUGUCACAACUCAAGUAAAGGGGACGAUGGGUUACUUGGAUCCAGAAUAUUAUAUGACGCAGCAGUUGACCGAGAAGAGUGAUGUUUAUAGCUUUGGAGUAGUAAUGUUGGAACUAAUAACUGCAAGGAAGCCAAUAGAGCGGGGGACUAAUUACAUUGUGAGACAGGUGAGGGUAGCGAUGGAUAAGACAAAGGAUUUGUAUGGCCUCCAUGAUUUUAUUGACCCAAACAUUAAUGGCUCAGGACACACACUCAAGGGAUUUGAAAAUUUUGUGGAUUUGGCACUCUACUGCGUAGAAGAUUCGGCAACCAACCGCCCAACAAUGAGCCAAGUUGUGAAAGAAAUUGAGAGGAUAAUGCAGUUGGUUGGUCUAAACCCAAAUGCCGAAUCGUCUCCAUCCACUUCAGGAACUUAUGAUGCUGGGAAAAGUAGAUCAGGAAAACCCCACCUUCCCUACAGUAAUGAGUUCUGUGAUUGUAGUGGUGACUACUUACCUUCCAAGGUGGAACCCCAAUGAUGUGGAGUAGGAGCAUUUCAUUGUUUUCCUAAACAUGUUGGAAUAUGAAUUUGGUAGCGGAUGGUUACCAUAUUCCGGUUGCUUCAGUGGAAAUCCACAGUUAUGUAUGUAUGAUCUUUGAUAUGUAUAUGUGACAUUAGGCUUGCUUAAAGGUUGAUAGAUGGCAAUGAUUUUAUUUAUUUA